AAGGACCGGAAGUGGAUUUUGAUGCAACAGAAAUGACCGCUUAGCUCGGAAGCACGACCAGGGGGUAAAGUAACCGAAGACCGUUCUGACUACAGGUCGUGUGCGCCACCAUGUGGCCGGUGGUGUGGACCGCCAUGCGCACUUAUGCGCCCUACGUAACCUUCCCUGUGGCCUUCGUGGUGGGCGCGGUCGGUUAUCACCUGGAGUGGUUCAUCCGGGGACCUCCCAAAACCCCGCGUGACGAGAAAGGUGUCGCGGAGCUUCGCGAGGACAGGAAACUCGAGGAGCUGGUCGGACGAGACAGCACGGAAGUCGUCAGUCUGAAGGACAAACUUGAGUUCACCCCCAGGGCAGUACUGGAAAAGAACCGGCCUGUAAAGAACUAGCUAGAGACAUUUCAAGGAGAUGACUAACGAUGCUGUAUGAAAAGAGGACAUAGCAUUGUGUACAACAUCAGUUCAUGACUGUUCAUUACUAUACAAUCCAUUACAUCUCAGGUUUGCACCCUUGGUUUUUGGCACAUAUGAACUUUUCCCACCCCAGCCCUCAGCCAGAUUCAAUAAUCAGCUAAGUUAAUGUUCCUUAAUGCAUACUUGCUGGAAAAAGACUUGUCAUUGUUUUGAAGACUUGUUCGGUUGUGCUUGAUGUUCCCCAGGUGCAUGGGCCCAUAACCGUUUAUCCAUCAUUAGAAAAGCAUUUUUCUGUUCGCCUCCCUUUUCUGACUGAGCGUGAAAGAAAGGCAUCAGGUUUAAUCUCUGACUGAAUGAAAGUGCAGAAGAGAAAACCUAAAGGAAAAUAUAAGUGUUAAUGUUUUUGUGAGAAGUGUCCUUAUUACAGUACUUAAUCAAUGUGAACAAACAAUAAAAGAUCACUGUGUGUGCACUUUCUCA